GCAGAAAUUGGCUGUCGUUACAAUCAAAUGUGUACAACUGUGACGUCACCGUUAGAAACCAGGAAAUUGCAUAUGGCGGAAGCAUUUGAAGAGGAAAAUGUCAAUAUGAAAAAAAUGUAAUACCAAGGGAUCAGAAGAUUUUGCAGUUAAGAAAAUGAAGGAGUUAGGAAAACUAGUUGCACGUUGGGACAAGCUAAAGGGCUGGAGCUCUAUGCUAGAAGAGAUUUCCAACAAACUGAACACGGGCAGUAUGGAAGACGAGAGCAUAACUCUUGAAGUUGGCCCGCAGUUAUUACACACUCUCCGCCAUCCAUGUGCAAUAAGAUGCUCAGAGAUCACAUGCAGUAAACUGUGUCAGGUGUUUACGUGCCAUUAUACAAAGGGGGCCACCCAGGGUGUGAAAGUUUGGCUGCUUGAAUCCAAGGAGAAGUCGGAGAUCUGCACAGCUUCCAAUUUCGAGACUGAUCAUGUUCUCACCGCCAUGACGUACGUGUCAAAGCACCGCGUGUACUUGACCUACGGCGCCGAUCUGGUCCUGAGAUUGUUCACGGACUUUAACGGAGGCUUUAAGGAGUUAGAGAACAUACCAACACUGGCGACAACCCUGUGCCUGGUGUACAACAAAGAGGAAGAUGAAGUCUACGCUGGUGGCAUCGGCUUCGUUGAUGAGUGGAGAGUUCAGGGUGCAGAGCAUGCAGCAUUCAUCGUACCGGGACGAAAAUUCUAUGCAGAACUGACAAGAAAUGACUGGGUGUGGGACGUACAGAUUGUGCGCCAGAACAAUCAUCUCUUACUUCAACACAGCAACGGCCUUUGUGUUCUAAACCUCAAGACUCGAAGAGUAAUUGAACGGAUUCCAAGCAGCCAUGAUGGUUCAUUAAAGUGCUGUUGUUACUAUCCACCCAAUGAUUUCCUCAUCACUGGUGGGGCUGAUGGAAAGAUCAAGUUGUUCAACGGCUCGGUGUUCAAUCUGAUGAAUUCCUUCAUUGCCCACCAUGGACCUGUGACAGGUCUAGAGGCCCACAUGAAUGAUCCUCUGCUGUUCUCCUGCUCCCAUGACGGCACUGUGAGAAUCUGGCGGCUUGACACACUGCAGAUUUUCACGAGGCUUGAUGUAGGGGAGAAGAUCUACAAAAUGGGACUGCUGUCUAUGGCAGAGUUCUAUAUCCAAACCAAGAAGGAUAUACUGGUCUACAGUCUUAAUCAGUUCUACCAAUUCUUCUCACCCGUUGAGUCUGAGACCAAACGGCUGAUGAACUGCCGAGCCAAAGGUCGUCAAAACAGAAUUCUCGGAUCAACUGAGGACGGCAGCGUCCGAUUGUUUUCACCAGUGACCGGCCUUACGCUGACCAUCAUAUACCCCAUGGCUUCAUUCCAGGUGUUGACCUCCUUCUCAUAUGACAUUCAUCAAGGCAGACUUUUAACAGUGCUUACCGAUGGAUCAGUGAUUGUGUUUAAAACGACCACCAAUCCGUGCAAGGCUGAGCAACUCUGGAGCCCCAGCAGAGAGGAUGAGCAGGUCAACAUUCUGCUGCAGGUCCCUGUGGAAUUCACCACAGAUGAGGGUCCAAGUUUCGAUAAUCUGGUGCUUGCUGGUCUAAGAAAUGGGCAGAUCACACUCUGCGAGGCGGCAGUUUGCUCCCUUCACGAGCCGAUUCAAGCGCACGAGGGUGCGGUAAUGUGUCUCGAGAGCUGCCUCAAUGUAAGCGACAGUGGCAAGCUUCUGCGAGAUACGGCGGACCGGAUAGUGUCCGGCGGCACCGACCAAUACGUGAAGGUUUGGUCUGUGGUCGUUCAGUUAGAACGGAAGAAGCUGUUUGUGAACGUUACCCUUGUGAUAAAGAUCCUAUUGUCAAGUGUUCCUCUACUGCUGUGCAUGUAUAGCGAUAUUGUGUGUGUGGCACUUUCUGAGAACAAAGAAUUCAGACGGAGGUGGCCUCUGGUGAUGUACACGCUGGUCCCCAUGAAUAGAAAAGGAAGGAGCAGCCCCGGGUACGUGAUGCCCCUGCAGAUGUCACAUCCUGUAGACGAGGAUUAUACACACGAGCUGACUGCCUUGGACAAGUGCCCCAUGAUCAACCUGGUCGUGACGUCGGGAAAGGACGGUUUUGUAAAGGUUUGGUCCAGAAACAAUGAGUUGCUCAGGGAGAUGAACUUUGCCACGCCCAUCUACGCUGUGUGCUUUGCGAACGACAGAGGCGACAUUCUUGUUGGAUAUGGAACAAACGUCUGCUCUGUGUCAGUGGUCAAUUAUCUCCCUUUACGAUUGUUAAAGGACCUUCUAGAUCUUGGCAGCUACACUUACAAGAAGGACAUCCGUGAACUCCCAGUGACCUUUGAGAACAGGCGUGAAACCUGGCUUGACCUAACCAAACUGAAGUCAUACUCACUGGAUAUUUAUAAUCGCCGUUGGCAACGUCUAGAGGAGGACGUAAUCCAGCGUCUGAAACACGCCACUGAGAAAACCACAAUCCACAGAAGAUUCGUGAUCUACAUCGACGGGGGUACAACGAAGUUGAUCAGGAAGGACUUGGCCGAUAGACUUCUUAGUUGGGCUAGGGGCGUGAAUAAAUCCAAGAGUUCAAAGAAGAGGCCAUACGAUUUGGUCAAGAUCGCAGCCGAGUCAGUGAAUACUUCACCAACUUCCAAUCAAUCACCAGAGUCCACUGAAAACUCACAAAAGCUCGAGUUCUUUGAUUCGGAAAACCUCUUGCAGGUGUGCCCGUCUGAAGUAGGGGUCGCAAUAAGGGCCCUGGAGUCACACCUGCCCAAGGGACCGAUAGAGAUGAGGCUGCUACAGGAAAGGGAUCUCCUGAAGAAGGAGCCAAUCAUAGCACCCGAUGGUUACAUUCCAAACUCUGUAAUCCGGAAGAAGUUCAAACUAGAGAAAGCAACUCCAAGAUGGACGGAGAAGGAGAAGCCAUUCGAGCUAAAACCGGUGCCCAAGGUGAACCCCUCCCACAUGCCUUCCUGGUGGGGAUAUGAUGAUGGGAAAGGAACAACCAAGGACACAACCACGCCUGUGUCUGCGUGGGAGGACAGCACAGUGUCCGACCAACAUGAAGUGGAGGCAACAGGCGGGCGGUCAGUGCCACCGUCGGCAGUCAGCCAGACCCGGUCGGCAAGGAACCUGUCUGCGGACUCGCAGAGUCACAUGAAGGGGCAGCAGAAACUUGCUACGACCACUCCAACAUCGUACAAACUGAAGGUUAUUUCUCCAUCAGCAUUGAUUCUGACUCCUAAUAUUCAAAAAUUUAAAGAAGUGAAGAGCAGGCGCAUUGAGCUGAAUCGGGUUGACCUUGAAAUUCGAACGCCGGAGGUCAAGCAAAAACAUCGAAAGUCUGGGAAAAAAAGCAUAGAAAAGAAAUCUCAGGAAACACCAAGUCUUCCAGCUGAGGAGAACAGUAACGUUCAAGAAAAGCAGUCACCUGUGGAGUUUGUGAAAACAGACCUGAUCAAACAGCUGCUACAGGAAUCCUGGAUGCCGAAGAUGAACGCGGACAGCGAGUUUGACGACAUCAUGUGUCAGUUCGUGGCCCUCCUUGAUGACAGCAGCAACCCAGUCGUGUUUGCAAGAAUGUGCGAGUACCUGAUGAAGAUAUGCACGGAGCUCGGUGUCCCACAAACCAUCAUGAAUAUGAUUGUUCGCAAGAUUGGGUCCAAUCUGGACAGCGAGAAUGGGGCGGUGAAGAAGAACACAAUCAAAACUCUGCAGUUCAUAGGUCAAGGUCGUCCAGACGUGAUGCUGCUAUUACUGCCACAACUAAUCAGUGGCGAGGAGCACAUCAGAAGGGCCACAGCAGACGCCAUAGCGACCCUUACUGGGGCCAGGGACAAGGAGCAGUUGCUGAUUACCCUGGAGUCAAUGGGGAUCAUACAUGGGGCCUACAGCAGCAAGGCUGAUGAGGAAUACGCCAUGUCGAUCCUUGCUGAGCGGUUUGCUAACACCCCUGAGGACCCCCAGCGUCACAUCAGGAUAUCUGAAUGGGUACAGGACACCACCCCGGGGGUCUUCGACGAAGAGUUGGACGUAGAGCAGGUCAUGGGCAGGUCAAGGUCACAGAAAUCCUCAAACCAGGGGAGGGAACCAUCAUUCAUGUCAGAGGGGAGGGAACUCUCAUUCAAAUCAGAGGGGAAGUCAGGCAAAAAGGAUUGGGCUUCAAGAAGCAAGCGCAAUGAAACAGGGGCCAGUUUUCGCAGGAAGAAGUUCCAGGACAUCGAUGGAUUCUCCACCAUUUCUGACCGCAGCUCUUCCAGCAGAAAAAGUCGAAGAAGUGGCAGGUUUACCCCUAAAGACCCGAAGUUGUAUCAUUACUAUGACAAUCUAAUUGCGAACAAAGAGGGACAACCCAAGAAUAAACUCCAAGGAUAUACCUUUGCAAUAUUUAAUAAGACUGCUGUGUCCUUGAUGUUUAUUCCUCUGUGGGUAGUUCUGGAGGAGGAGGACGAGGACAUCACACAGAAGGAUUCUGCCUUCCAUACUCUCUCUAACAUCACUAGCAGUCAGGUGACAGAUAGACUGAGCAGUUACGACUCUGGGAUCACAAAGGACAUAUCGGACACGAGCUAUCAACGUGGUGGUCAUCAAGGUUUUGGUGCUAUGCUGUCACCUGUCAAGUCUGAGUCUGCCAGCCCGAGACCACGCUCUCAUACCAGUCCACAAUCCUCGAAAGAUUGGCGUAAGUUCUUUGACAUGGUGCCAAACGCUGCAGAGCGUAGGCAGAUGGAGCAAAUCCGGCGGGAAAUGGAGGCGGGAAAACUGAAGCCCACGACACUCCCGCCGAUCUCAUAUUUCGCAGAGGACCUUCCCAUGUUGCCUGGCGAGGCAGGAACCAGGCUCCUGCAGACAGUCAGAGUCGGGGAAAAGGUCCCUCAUCCAGGUGAUGGCAGACACAGAAUCGAGUCCGUACCCGGGAAGCUGGCAGUCCACACUCAGAAUGAGCAUGCGGGUCUCAGCAACUAUGGUAUCCUACAAAUGCAGUGGACUACAGAGGUGCCCUGGGUGCGUGACUGUUUUCAACCGCCAAGGAAGAUUCCCCAGCAUCGCCCCCAGGGGAUGAUGCCUGACGACAAUUCGUCCGACGUGGUACAGAUGCCUAAUAGUAACAGACUUCGAGAGUUCUCAGACGAGGACCUGCUUCUGCCGCACCUGGAAGCCGCCACCCCCCAGCUGACCAAUCAGCUGUCAGCGAACCAUUAUGAGUGGGCGCUCCCUCUCCCGCCUCCGCCUGCAAAGGAAUCCCGCACGAACGUGGCCGCCAUCAAGAAAGACCAUGACGCGUACUGCAAGUACUAUCAGCUUGUGAAGAAGAAACUACAUCUGUAUACAUCGAAACUUGGCUUUAUUCGUGCUUUUAUUGAGGCUGAAAAAGCACGACCACAACAUAAGCAACAAAGGGAAAGAACACAACAUCUUCCUGAAGUGUUUGUGAAACAGCUGAAAGAAGGUCAGCUGAAAUUGAGCUCAAAGCGUCCACAAGGGUCUCGAACUCUCACCAAGUCUGACCUCAGUCCUUCACAUUUUCCUCCAAUCAAAAUUGGCCAGCUCAUUCGAAUUUAGUGGACAUAAAUGUUGUUAUCUAUAUUUUCUUUUUGGUGUUGACUUUGGUAUAAGUUUCAUAUACCAAAAUAACUUUUUUCUGAGCCUUGCAUUACUAUUUGUUAAUUUUUAUUAAAUAAUGAAAAAUGUCAUGAUAGUUAAUUGUGAUUUAUUCUGUGAUACGAUUUAUUUCAUAGGAUGUAUGUUUUUAGAUAGGUUUUCUUAAUAUUUAUAUUGUUAAUUGUUUAUUGUUGAUAUUGAUUGUUAAUGUUCUAUUGUUACAAUCUUUUGCCAUGCUGUUUUUGCUAUAUUAGUUUUAUAUGUUGUUUGUAAAAUAUGGUAGAACAUAAUUAUUCCAAAUCAAAAACAAAAAAUGACUUCCAAUUGACAGAAAAACUUAAAAGUGUUUUGUAUUGCUAAACCAAAAUUCCUGUUUAUCAGUAUGAAAAUAAUGUGUUUGUUGUUUGUCAACUAGACAAACAAUUAGCAAAGGAGAUAUAACUCAGGUAUAAAAACGUCUGUUCAUAUUGUUUUCUUUACUGUCUGCGUUUUAAGUUUCUGUGAUUAUUUACCUUGUUUAUAAAUGUAAUGAUUAAAAAAACAUUUAUCUAUAGUAAGACAAGAAUGAACAUUUCAAACUUGCCAUUUCAUAGGUGCACAUACAAAAUUAACCCUUUACCACUUAGAUACGUAUUUUGAUGCAUUUGCAGUCCCUUAGAAAGUAACAUUUUAUUCAAGACCUUUCUGACUAGAUUUAAGUUUUAAAGGCUUAAUUUCUAACCCUUAUGUACUGAUGAACAGCAAACAGCAUAAAACCUGAAAGGACUGUGAGUUACUCGCAGGCUGUUCUGGUUUUUUGUUGUUUGCUUUUAGCCAUUUUCAUAUUGCUUCUGAGCGGGAAAGGGUUAAAGAAGAGUUACAAGUAUUAUGUAUAUAGAAACUUGUUAAUGCUCCCUGAAAGGGUGGGAGAAUAAAUCACUACUUUGUCCAUCUGUAAAAAUUCUAAUUUAUAUGAAAUUGAUUUGCAGGGGUCUAAGUAAAUUUCCCUGAUCAUUGAUUCCCUCUCUUAAUUUCGGUACCUCUUUUGGUCAUGUUUUUCUUGCAGCGCAAAAUCUGAGACCUCAAUAAUCCAAAUUUUAUAAAAAUGCAUGUGCACUUUUCUUUUAGGAUACACAUGUUCAUACAUAUUGUCAGGUUGUUUUGCAUAUUAGAUUUCUUAGGGAGUAAUUUCUUUGAAUAAUAAUUCCUUUCUGUGUUUGACCUUAGACACUUAUUAUCAUUAUUGUGGAACACUUGUUUGGAGAAUCCUUAUUGAUUGGACAUACAUAUGAGCGUCGCUCUGUGAAAAGGGGGCUUAAUGAAUGUGUUAAAAGUGUCGUCCCAGAUUAGUCUUUGCCAUCUGCACAGGCUAAUAAGGGGCGACACUUUCCGCUUUUAUUUAAGGUUUUGUUUUAGGAAGACUGUUCUCAACUAAAAUCCAGUUGAGGCGGAAAGUGUCGUCCCUGAUUAGCCUGUGCAGAAUACAGGCUUAUCUGGCACGACUCUGUAUGCACAUGCAUUAAGCUCCCUGUUGACAGAGCAAGGCUCAUAUAGUUUCAGGUUGUUUUUGCUCCAAUAAUAAAGGGAGUUUUGGCCCUUUUGUUUAAUGAUAUACAGUAUUACAUUUUAUGUUUUAAAAAAAACGUUUCUGUGAAAGUUCACACAAAUAAUUGAUCAGAUUUCGAUUAAACUUUAUAUGAAGUAUCCAUUAAGGAUGGACAAGCUCAUAUCCUUGUUCAUCUUCAUUAACUAUUAAUGAGUUAUUGCCCUUUGAAAAAGUAAUUAGUUUCCACUCAAUAUUUGUAACGCUUAUGAUCCGCACUUGUGAAACCCUUUAGGUUGGGAAUUUGCAUAUUGCUAGGUUGUUCCUUGGUUAAGGAUUUUCAUGGAGUUAUAACACUUGCAUUAGUAAUGAAACAUUUCCAAAUUAAGUUUUAGUUUUUGCACAAGCUCUCUGGAACUAAUGAUGAAUUUGAUGACAAUUUCUAUGAGGUAUUCAUAUAUAUAUAAUAUGGUGGAUGUGUUCAUAUUGUCAGGUUAUUCUGCAUCAGUUAUUAUUUAAACCUUUACCACUUAGAUACGUAUUUAAUUAACCCUUUACCACUUAGAUACAUAUUUAAUUAACCCUUUACCACUUAGAUACGUAUUUAAUUAACCCUUUACCACUUAGAUACAUAUUUCAAUGCAUUUGUUGUCCUUCAGAAAGUUACAUUUAUUUAAAGACCUUGCUUACUAGAUUCAAGUUUAAAAGGCUUCAUUUCCAACCCUUAGAUUCUGUUAAACAGCAAACAGCAUAAAGCCUGAACAGACUGGGAGUUACUCGCAGGCUGUUCUGGUUUUAUGCUUUUUGCACAUAGUCAUUUUCACUUUAAUUUCUGAGUGGAAAAAUGUUAAGGAGUUCAAAUAAUAAUUUGACAUGGUGCGUGAGAUCUUUGAAAAUAAUAAUCCAAAUGUGAAAACGUACAAGGAGCAUAAGCUGGACAUGCACAUAUGAGUUGUGUUCUGAGAAAACUGGGCAUAAUGCAUGUGUGUAAAGUGUCGUCCCAGAUUAGCCUGUGCAGUGCCCACAGGCUAAUCAGUGAUGAAACUCACCGCUUUAAUGGUAUUUUUUUUUUAAAGGAAGUCCCUUUUUACCAAAAAAUCUUUUUUAAGUGGAAAGUGUCGUCCCUGAUUAGUCUGUGUGGACUGCACGGGCAAAUCUGGGACAACACUACGCACAUGUAUUAAGCCCAGUUUUCUCAGAACGCGACUCAUAUUGUCUCAUCAUCUGGCCCCAAGGUCAGGUCAGUGUAAUUGUUCUGAUCUGUUGAUCUCGAAAUUCACGCAGAGUUGUUGUUCCAAGAUCUCACAUAGAAUCUCUGCCAUCACAAGAAGAUCCUAUCAAGUUGGUAGAAUUUUUUUAAGUAUUCAUUAUGAAAAGUAGUGUUGUUUUCUUUAAUAUUUUGAAAAUGCUGUAUACGUUUAGGUUCAUUAUAAUAUUUAAAAAAUACCUACAUUUAAAAAGUAAAAGUAACAACGGGAAAUUAUUGUACCACGUGGCUCGGCUAUCAUCACCUGGUUGUUUAUGAAGGCAGGGAUUUGAUCCAGCUAUGCUGGUUCAAGUCGAAUCUUGCUGAGGUUCCUAAUUGUUCCAAGGCCUUCUAAUUAACGCUCAAUUUGUCAUUGUCGGCUCUGAUACUACUUAAAUGUAACCCAGGUACUCUUUAGUAUACUUAAAUGAAGCCCGGGUAAAAUAUACUGACAGUUACCCGGCCAAUUUCGACUGCACCCGAGGUUUACUCCCGUCCAUAAGCUGAUGUCAUAAACAACUCUACAUAUUACGAAGCAAAAUUCUCUUUAAAUAAAGCCUGCCUUGACAUGCUUUUUGGAGUACGUGUUUCGAUAAUAUGGAGGCCAUUUUACAGAAUAUUGACAUAAAUAUGAACAUUAUUAAUUUGAAAAAAUAGCUGACAUUUCAGGGUAUGUUUUAGUAUAUUUUCAGAACCCGGCAUACAUUUAAUUAGAACCUGAGCCAUCACAAACCAAUUGAGCUCAAUAAACUCACACAUUGUCAAAGCACAUUUUUGGGGAGCAUCCAUUUUAAUUUCACUGAUAAUAUUUGUUAAAUCAUGUUGGUUUUACAUUAAAAAAAAAAUCAAAAUAAACAAUUAAAUGCAAUUUGUUAACAUUCAAGUUUUGACAAUCAGAAAAGAAAUUGUACAAGGUGAUCAGAGUCUGUGAUAUGUGAUAAAACAUUUGCCUAUAAAUCAAAGAUGUUAUAUCAAUUAAAGGUGUUUUUUUGCAAUCAAUUGAUAUUUGAAAAUAAAUUAUAAUCUCAUAAAGUUGUUUUUCUUUAUUGUUCCCUACCGUUUUGAUGGAAGGGGACUUAUGGUUUUCGCUCUGUGUGUCUGUCUGUCUGAGAGUCUGUCACACUUUUCUGGAUCCUGAGAUAACUUUAAAUGUUCUUCAUAUUUUUUUCACGAAACUUGAAACAUAGAUAGAUGGCAAUAUGGACAUUAUGCACGUCAUUUAAUUUUGUUCCUAUGUCAAAAAUUCAGGUUGCUAUGGCAACAAAUAGACUAGAAAUACUGCUGAAAAUGGUGGUUUUCUGGAUCCUGCGAUAA